AUGGGGGUAGGGGGUUCAAAAUGGCUAUCAAUUCUGCUGUUGGAGCUUUCUCUUCUAAAGGCAUCUUCAGAAGUGCCAACAACAACAACCAGCUUCUCCAACAACACAAUACACGACAUUUUGCUUCGGGAUGCAAUCGACAAUACCAAUGCUAGAAAGCAGAUACGACAGAAGAGAGGACUACAUUCAUAUGAAUCCAAAAGCUCACGUGGAUCCUACACCAUGGAUUCAGCAAGCAAGAGGUUUCACACCAUCGUCGAUUCCACUAUACCGACAAAUCACGAAUACACUACCAGCAGUAUGCCGACUAAACCUGGCACACUUUGGCGGCAGAGUCUAUUGACCAAAGUAUUCAAUCAUUCACGCGAAGCGUAUGAGCUGCACUCGCAGACUAUGUUGAACUCAGAGACAGAAGUGCUCAACUCUGAGCACCACAACAGCUUCGACAGCUUCAUUUUACUAUUUAGUAGGGUUCCGCUGCCUGAUGGAUCUGGAAAGGAUUUUGGUUAUAGCUACAUCUCGCCAAAUUCACCACGAGGAUCAGAAAAGGCGAAGGGGGGGAAAGGAAUCGGGGAAUCCUAUUACAAGGGAAAGUCAAGCUCGAGCAAGUCGUCAAAGAAGCAAUCCAAGCGUUCUGUCGAUCCUUUAUUUAUGUAUAGGCAGGCACCGGUACAAGCUUAUGAUUUCUACCCAAUUCGCCCCGUCCAUUACCUCUUCUCUGCAAGCCCUCCCCAGCCUGCACCAUCAUUGUUUUCGGGACCUCCAUUGACUCAAGGACCCAGUGGACCGGGAAGGCCUACCAUGAGGCCGUCCACACCGCCCCCGACUGUCCAGAAUCCAAGUCCUAGUCCGGUCCAGAAUCCCAGUCCUAGUCCGAUCCAGAAUCCAAGUCCUAGUCCGAUCGAAGAGCCCAGUGCUAGACCGAGUGUAUCACUACAGCCGCCACCAAGUCCAGCUCCCAUUAUCCAAGCAUCCCAGUCACCUUCAAGAGCCACUGCAUCCAUUUCAACCUGUCAGUGGACUGUCUGUGGUGAUAUAAUGAGCAAUCGAUGCACUGGGAUUUUCUUGGAGCCUUCCAACAAUGUCCGAAUUGCAGGUAAUCCCAAUGGCGUUGAACUUGCUGUCCGCUGUUGUUCCAAUACACAGUUGCCAAACUUUAAACAGUUUGCGGAGGAACCCACGUGCCCGUUCGCUGGUUCCUCAAUCGAUGGUCAGUGUUAUAAAGAAGUAGUCUACCAAGAGGCAGUGGGACUAUGUUCCAGUAUUGGGGCGCGGCUCUGCACCAAGGCCGAAAUGGAGCUUCGUUGUACGUUUGGGAGUGGUUGUGACUUCAACAACUUGCAGAUUUGGACGAGCACCUCUGGAGUUUUUGGAUAUUUCGAAGACAGCGAAAAUUCGUUCAAAGUUGUGACAGCGGGAGCAGCAGAUACCGAGAUCCAAACGACUUUUCCGUGUCGAGGUGGUCAGACUGCUGCAACUAGUAUUGGAAUGCUAACAUUCGAUGAGAAUGCAUGCACCGCUGAAUGCCGCUUCCGCAUUCCUUAUACCCAGUAUCGAAGAUAUUGCACCGAGAAUCCAGAAGGAGCCUUCUCCUUUACCAUUCCAGGUCCUUUUACUGCAGGCUUUGAAUUGUACAUCGGGAACGCCGCAAGCAGCUGGGACUUGCCGUGCGAAGUACAACUAUCAGUUUCAAACAUUGAAAGCAAUAAUGUUUGGAAUUGA